ACAGUUUUUAAUCAACAUAGCUGGACUUUUUUCAAAAAUAAGAUACAAUCCAAAACAAAAUAUUUUGUGAGAUAUCAGUAGGUGAAUUACACCGGUGCCUUUAGUUUUACCGGUCGACAUCGGAUGGGAGUUACGUAAGAUACAAUGGCGAGUCUGGGGAAGGACAACUACAGGAUGAGAAGCUAUAAGAACAAAGCGUUAAAUCCCCAGGAGAUGCGACGAAGAAGAGAAGAAGAAGGAAUUCAGCUACGCAAACAGAAAAGGGAGGAGCAGCUGUUUAAGAGGAGAAAUGUAGGUGUGCCAACAAAUGACGAGUCAAUGUUGGAGUGUCCAAUCCAGGAUCCAGAUAUCAGCUCCACAGUACCUGUUGAGGGGGUCUUUGUGCAGGAAGGGGUCAUAAUGCCUGAUAUGAUUCAGAUGAUCUUCUCUGAAGACCCAGACCAGCAGCUAAUGGCAACACAAAAAUUCAGAAAAUUGCUGUCCAAGGAACCCAAUCCACCCAUUGAUGAGGUUAUUUCCAGUCCUGGGGUCGUGACUCGUUUUGUGGAGUUCCUGAAGAGAAAUGAAAACUGCACAUUGCAGUUUGAGGCAGCAUGGGCUCUAACCAACAUUGCAUCGGGUACCUUUCUGCAUACCAAGGUGGUAAUUGAAACGGGAGCUGUUCCCAUUUUUAUUGAGCUGCUGAACUCUGGGUAUGAGGAUGUCCAGGAACAGGCAGUCUGGGCGCUGGGGAACAUAGCAGGAGAUAAUGCUGAGUGCAGGGACUAUGUGCUCAACUGUGGCAUCCUGUCAUAUUUACAACAGCUACUUGCUAAAUCCAACCGUCUUACAACAACCCGCAAUGCAGUAUGGGCUUUGUCCAAUCUCUGCCGAGGGAAGAACCCACCACCAGAUUUUGCAAAGGUUUCUCCCUGUCUCAGUGUGCUGUCCAGGCUUUUGUUCAGCAGUGACUCAGAUGUGCUGGCCGAUGCUUGCUGGGCUCUGUCCUAUUUGUCUGAUGGUCCCAAUGAAAAGAUCCAGACAGUUAUUGACUCUGGGGUCUGUCGCAGACUGGUGGAGCUGCUCAUGCACAGUGACUAUAAGGUUGUGUCUCCUGCUUUACGUGCAGUGGGCAACAUUGUAACAGGAGAUGACAUCCAGACUCAGGUAAUAUUGAAUUGUUCAGCACUGCCGUGUAUACUCCACCUCCUUAGCAGUCCUAAGGAGUCCAUCAAGAAGGAGGCGUGCUGGACAGUGUCCAACAUAACUGCAGGAAACAGAGCUCAGAUUCAGAAUGUGAUUGACGCCAACAUCUUCCCAGUACUCAUUGAGAUCCUUCAGAAGGCAGAAUUUCGAACACGAAAGGAGGCAGCAUGGGCUAUCACUAAUGCCACCUCGGGGGGCACUCCUGCACAAGUACGAUAUCUGGUGUCUCUGAAUACUAUCAAACCCAUGUGUGACCUUCUGACUGUGAUGGACUCCAAGAUUGUGCAAGUGUCUCUGAAUGGUCUAGAGAACAUUCUUAGACUUGGAGAACAAGAGGCCAAACAGAAUGGAACAGGCAUCAACCCAUACUGUGCUUUCAUUGAGGAGGCUUAUGGCCUGGACAAGAUUGAGUUCCUGCAGAGCCACGAGAACCAGGAGAUCUACCAGAAAGCCUUUGACCUGGUUGAACACUACUUUGGUGUGGAGGAGGAGGACAGCAGCCUGGCUCCACAUGUGGACCAGAGCCAAGGCCAGUUUGUCUUCCAACAGGAAGGGCCCAUGGAGGGUUUCCAGCUUUAACCGGCCUGUCCUCCAUCCUGGCCUCUCACCCUCUUGGACUUUGCCGUUCUUAUGCUGGGCCUGUUCCACCAGCUCCUCUCAGAGCCUCAGUUCUACUAUGCCUUUACAACACUUAUGUUUGAGAGACUGUGCCUACAGCAGGAUUUCCUUUGAUUUUGUGGGGUAUUAUGUUCUCAAGUCUAAAUGACAUUGCUGUAUGUGUAACAGUUAGAAAAGUUGUGUCUAACUCAGCAUUCAUAUCCCCUUUUAUAUGUGAAACUACCUCUUCAGCAGCAAUGUAAAUAAAACAAGGCAGGCCCUACUGUUGGUACACUUACAUUUCUACUUUAAACAGUCUGAAACCAGGGUUUAGGGUUGGGUUAGAGCCGCUGGCUUGGAUACAGAACCACUGUAUUUACCCAGAUUGCUGUAUGUUUGAGUCUGCAGCUCCUUGGUCCCUUCCUGUUGAUUUGACCAUGUGUUGUCCUGCUGGAGCCCCCCCCCCCCCCCCCCCCCCCCCGGGCUCCAGCAGGAGCCCUGGGGGGGGGGGGGGGGGCCUGUGUUAGAACGGAAAUAGUGUUUACUACUGUGUUCUGCUGCUUAUUUUAAAGUCUUCAUUAUAUCAGUUUAAAGCAGUAUCAGGACAAGAAUGCCUGUGUUACAUGAUGCAAUCUGCAGCAGCCUUGAUGUUAAAUGUUAUGUUUUUGUGUUUUAUAGUUUGCUCCUCUGUGGUGGCAGUGUCAUUUACCUUAAUUUAUUUCUCCUGGCAGCAGUCAUUUCAGUGAUUUAAUGGGAUUAGUCGACUCUGAGGGUUUGUAUAUUAUAUAUACAUACAUUACAAAGUGUAGAGGAACGCAUGUGGCCCAAGAAGAUGUGAUAUGCAUAAUAUUUUCUGUAUGCGGUUGUAGUAUUUUCAGGCCAUUGCUGUGUUUUCUUGUUUACUUCGAGGUUUUGUUCCCUCUCCUUUGUCAGGUUCAACCACUGAACCACAAGUUUUUACAGUAUCUGGAAACACUUUUUGAGUAAGUGAACAUAUGCUUCGACUAUAUUUAUGUAAAAUUGGAAAAUAUUUUUAAUGCAGAAAUAACCUCAAGCACAUUUACUGUGUAUAGUUUUCUAAUGUUUAUAUGUGUUUUUGAGUUUUGUUUUCUUCAGUCUGGUCUCUGCGUAGACUUCCAGCACUGAACCAAACAGCCACAGCUUGUGCUCACUGGAUUCCACAGAUCUGACAGUUAAGCUGACUCUUGCUCGACUUCUCUGCACAUUUACAUUUUGUAAUAAAAAACAAAAAAUAAUAAAUUGAUCAGUUGGAUAUAAAUAUA